AUGAAGCCUCUACGAAAAGCACACAGCACAAGCCUCUCUUGUUCUUGCACGUCUUGCGCACACAACAGUGGAUCUGAUCGCACUUCUUUACAACGAUUUGUCUUAAAUGGCUCUAAAAUUGACCGCCUGUACUAUGGAAAGUACAUACCCCUGAGAGAAAAGAAACUGUUGGACAAACUAGUCCGAACAAGGGCGGUAUACGACGAUAUCAGAGCCCAACUUGUCUCGGAUAGCACGUCAAGUUUGCAGAAAAAUGCGAAGUUCUCACCUGUUAAUGAAGACAAUGAUAAAAGCAGCGCCAUUUUAGAAAUAGUUAAUUUGGUCGACAAAGGCGCGGCGUUGGAUUCGGUGAAGUUAAGCGAUUGUUGUAGCUGUUGCAGUUGUUCCUCAAACUUGCAACAACGAGCAAACGCACACACAUAA